UAUUUACAGGAAGCAAGGUGAUAAGGUUAAAUAACAAUUGGAGUAAAUUAAUACAAUUAUUCCAAGAAAAAUAAGAUCUCCCUCUCACUUUCAUCGUCUUCAGUUAUCAGAGAUAUCCCCUACUUAAUAACAAAGUUAUCACUUCAUACGAUAGUCUCUGGUCGAUGAUCAACAAGUAACUCAGCAUUUAUAUAACGACUGUAAUUAAAAACAAAACAUCAUAUUGUAAUUGUGAUUAUAAAAAUGCAGAGCUACGCAUCAAUGAUAAAAAAGGCUGGAGGAUUAAAACCGGUGAGUAAUGAAUUGUUACAACCGAUGAAGGUACCGAAGAGACUCCUGCUAGGUCCAGGCCCGAGUAAUUUAUCAGAGAGAGUAAUAAAGGCGAUAAGUAAUCCGCUGUUGGGACACAUGCACUUGGAAACGUUUAAAAUGAUGGAUGACAUUAAAGCUGGCCUGCAGUAUGCAUUUCAAACUAACAAUAGGCUCACUCUCGCUAUUAGUGCGACAGGUCACUCAGGCAUGGAAGCUUCCUUAGCGAAUCUACUUGAACCUACAGACACUAUUUUAAUAAUAAAAGCGGGAUUAUGGGGUGAAAGAGCUCAAGAAAUGGCUAAACGAAUUGGAGCACGUGUCGAGAUUUUGGAGAUCGCACUAGGAGUAGCUGCAACUCUUGAAGAAUUUGAAGCUGCAAUGAUUAAGUAUAAACCAGCAGUUGUCUUCUUGACUCACUCUGAAUCUUCAACGGGUCUUAAACAGCCGUUAAUUGGAUUUGGAGACGUUGUCCGCAGGCACGACGCGCUGCUGAUUGUUGAUGCAGUUGCCUCACUGGGAGGCGAGCCCUUUUUUAUGGACGCCUGGAAAAUAGACGCGGCUUACACGGGAAGUCAAAAAGUUAUUGGUGCUCCGCCUGGGCUUACGCCGAUUUCAUUUAAUGAACGUGCUGAACGUAAAUUAUUUUUACGAAAAACUAAGAGCCCGGUAUUUUACUGGGACAUGGAAGAGUUGGGAAACUACUGGAACUGUUUUUCAGAACCCGUUAGGCGUUACCAUCACACGAUAUCCGCAACUCUGGUGUAUGGAUUGAGAGAAGGAUUGGCUCAGCUGGCGGAAGAGGGCUUGGAGGCAUCGUGGCACAGACACAAGAUAGCGGCGAAGAAACUUCAAGAGGGCCUGAAAGCGCGGAAGCUGGAAUUCUUUGUCAAAGAACCGGAAAAUCGGUUGAAUACCAUCACGGCCAUUGUUGUGCCACCUGGGGUCGACCCUCAGCUAGUCACGGGGAGAAUGAUGAAAAAAUGGAACAUUGAGAUCGCUGGAGGACUUGGACCGACUUCUGGAAAAAUAUUCAGGAUUGGAUUGAUGGGAAUUAAUGCUAACUUGCUAAUUGUUGACAAACUUCUCCAAGCUUUGGACGAAGUGUUGAGCUUCGCGAGACAAAGCCGGCUUUAAUAAUACAUGGAAUUGUUUUUUAUUCUUAAUUUUAAUAUUAUCUAUAUAUAUAAAAAUAAAUUGC